CCUCGCCAGAGAGCUACCUACUCAGAUCGCAGUCGCCGGGACGAGCAACCCCAGAGUGACGCGCCUGCUGACGAUACCAGCGGAUUUCACCUUCAGCCAGCUACACGAGAAGAUCCAGGUGGCCUUCGGGUGGUGCGACAUGCACAUGUACACGUUCGACGUGAUGCCACUGCCGGGCGACGACCCGCAAGAGAUGUCUUUAUUUUUCUGGCGGCGCACGCUGCUGCACAUGUCAGAAUCUGGCAUCGAUUAUGGCGGCGACGGCCCGCACCGUUUCCCUGUCAAGAAGGCAAGCGACUACACGCUGCGCGACAUCUAUGAGGGCGAGGAAUUCAACAAAGACAAGAUCGAGGUGCAGUAUGAGUACGACAUGGGCGACGGCUGGCGCCAUCACAUCGUCUUCCUUGGACGCGCCGACCCGAGCUUGCGCCGCGUCAUGGGUAUACCGCCUGAGGUGAAGGUCAUGUGCCUUGGUGGCGAGGGCCAUCCCGUCGCCGAAGACUCGGGCGGGAAAUCCGGAUGGGCUGCCCUGAAAGCGGUGUUUAAGAGGAGGAACAGGGAUGAUCGCAAAGCGUGGUAUAAAGAGGACUGUGGAAACGGCGACCCAAAUGGCCUGGAUCCGUAUAAAUGGGACUUGCUGGAUGUGAACGAUGAUCUCGUGGACGUUUUCCCUCCGGACGAGUGACGAUGGAUAGGGAAUAACGGUCGCGGAAAAGUCUCACAGCUUUUUAAGUGUAAAUAUAUUGUGUGCUUAUGAUGUGGGUGGAUCGUGGGUAUGAUAUUAUCU